UAAGCAACUAGCCAAUCGAAGUCAUGAGCAAGAGCAACAGCAAACUCACAUUCAAGCGACACUCCAAGAGCAAUCUCCUCGACUAUGAGCGAUUGCAGCUGUCAGCUGCAGCUCCAAAUACCACAGCAGCAGCAGCAGCAGCAGCAGCUCCCACUUUUGCUCAAGUGGACAAAAUGCAGCUAAAGCUGAGUACGAGCAAAAUAAAGCUGCAAGGAGCUGGCGCACAGGAGAAGCAGUCCGAGCAGGUGCAACAGGCGCAGCAGGUGGAGCAGCAGCUGAUGGUGCUGGAGCUGGACGCACUGCGUCGCAAGUCGGCGCCACAGCUGCUAAGCUUCAGCAUAGCACCUGCUCAGCUGAGCGCAGCUGCUACUAGCCAGGCAGUGCCACGCCUGCCCGCCUACGAUUCGCGCAAGUGCAUCCGACGCUCGCGCACGGAGCUGCUGGUCACCGAUAGCAACAGUGAUCCGAGCACCAGCAGCCUAACGAGUUCCACUUCACCUGAAUCCCUGCUGGACAACGUCUUGAGUGAGGCGUCGGCGGCAUCUGUGCCAAGCACCAGCAGCGCAAGUGAUAUAACUGUGGCGCCACCCCCACCUCCACCGCCACCUCCUCCCUUACCACCGCCUCCUUCUAAGCUCCGCUCUUCUAUAAUUCCGCCCCAGCCCAGGCGCCUGCUUAACCUCAAAUCCUCGCCAGAGCUGCGCGUCUCCCCACCCACACCCGAUCUGGAGGUCAGCAACCUGCUGCUUCCAUCAGCUGCUGCCAGUGAUUACUAUGAGACCGCCUCGCAAAUCUCGCGCAGCUAUACGCCCUCUCCAGCUGGCACGCCCCAGAUCUCACCCUCCUCCAGCUUGAAUCUGCCAGGUCAAGCAACGAGCUACGUGAAUAUCAUUUAUCCCGAGGAUCUGAAAUGUGCCAUCUGCAUGGAUGUCUUCACGGAUCCGCGCACCCUGCACUGCCUGCAUUCCUUCUGCCUACAGUGUUUGGUCAAUGCGAAUCUCCGAGAGGAGGCACUCUGGGAAGAGCACUCCAGCUACAGCCUACUCCCCUCCACGCCCGACACGGCCAACGAACUGGCCACCAUCUCGCCAGCGAGGCAGCGGGGCAGCAAGAAGUCCUUGGAUCGAUUGGCACUGAGGGGCAAACGCUCGACCUCCGCCUGCUCCUCCAGCAUGCGCUUGAACAACAGCUUCGCCAACGAUCCAGGAGCUGUGCGUAGCAUACGCUGCCACAGCUGUCAGUUCGUCACGGAGCUGCCAGCUCUGGGUGGAGUGCGUCAGCUGCCACAGAACUUUCUGCUAGUGCGACGCAUUGAGGCACUGCGUCUGCAGGCGGGCGAGGAUGUCAUCUCGAAAGUCUGGUGUUCUCUAUGCAGUGAGGAAAUUAAUGCCACAUACCACUGCAUCAGCUGCACUCUCAAUCUCUGCUCGCUAUGCAAGGAAGCCCACGAGCGACAGCGCAGCACCUCGAAUCAUCACAUGCGCAACAUACUCGAGCUGCGACGGGCACGCAAGCAGAAGCAGCAACAAUUUGGAUUGGGGGAUAGCCGCCAGGUGCUGCUCAAGUGUGGACUGCAUGGCUUCGAGCUGAAGUCCUUCUGCAUAUCCUGCCAGCAGCUCGCUUGUCCGGAUUGCUUGGUGCUUCAGCAUCGCAACCAUCGCCACGAGACGGUGGCCAAGGCCAUGAGUCAACUGCAGAUGGCCAAGAAGCUGAGUGAUGCCACGGAACAGACGCGUCCGCUUUGCCAAUAUGCGGAGCACUCGAUCGAACGGCUGCGCGAGAUAACGCGCAGCAUCAAUGCGAGAUGCGAUGACAUUCAGGCCCAGGUGGAGAGCUACAUGAAUCGCUACUUUGAGGCACUGCAGGCACAUCGCAACACGCUGCUGCAGCAGGUCAACCGAGCCAGGGAGUCCAAGGUGGAGCUCAUCAUCAACCAGCAGCUGGAAUUGGAGAAACGCACGCAACAGGCCAUGGAAGCGAUACGCUUUGGCCAGGAACUCUCGGAAAUUGGGGCCGAUGUUGAGAUACUAAGUUUUGCACGCAUUCUAUUGAAACGCUUCGAGUACUGUCAACAGUUCAAGCCGCCCGUCGAUCCCAAGAUCUCCGAUUCGCUGCACUUUCUAUCCAAAAUCCGUGCGCCGGGCACUAAGGAACAGCACGAUAUACCUCUGUACGGCAUUAUAACAAUGCAAACGGUCGAGCCGUCGCUGUGCACCCUGCAAUGGGAGGGGUUUUCACAGCUGCGUCUGCACCGGAAGGUGGAUCUGCAAUUGCUCACGCGCGACGCAGAUGGCGUGGCGCUGUGUCAUGGCGGAUUGGAGAUCAAUUGCAUGAUUAAGUACAAGGAUGCGAAUGUGAAGUACCUGCCCGUCGAGGUGUCCGACCAUCGCGAUGGCACCUACAGCAUCUCCUUCACGCCCGACACGCAGGGCACCCUACUCCUGAUGGUCUCCAUCAAUGAUCGGCCCAUCAAGGGCAGUCCCUACACCUUUCACUCGCGCCAGGUGCGUCCACACACUGGAAUCUACCACUGUUGCGCCUUCUGUUCCAGCAAGGGCAACAAGAGUGUCAAAUGCUCCUGCGAAGGACGCAUGCCCGGCUACAGCGGCUGCGGCCAUGGCCAUGCAGGGCAUCCAGGACGCCGACAUUGGUCGUGCUGUGGCAAUGUCCUGGAGAACUCCGAGUGCAGCGUGGCCAACAAGCUGCUCAAUUCCUAGAGUGCCCAGUUUCUGC